ACAUUGUUUAUUUUGAUCAUCAGUCUGUUCUCGCUUGCUGGCUCUGAGCUGAGGGGACAUGAAAUGAUUUAUCGUUUACCAAGUUACAUUGCAUGUUAAAACUUACAAAAUGUCGGCAAAAGCUAGGUUGCCGCCAAUUACAAGCAGGAGUCCAACUGCAGGUAUACAGUCAGGCAACACUACAUCAUUUCAAAAAUACCAAGGUGUUGCUGGUCCACAUUAUCAAUUAACGUUAACUGGUGACCCAACAAAACAUUGUCUACCUGCUCCAAAAUCACUUAAGCCAUAUGUAGAUAUAAAAGCAGGGACAAUGGAUACAUGGCCUGCUUAUGCUACUGCCCAGGCUACCACCACAGUAAAUUCCUACAACCAGAGGCAACAUGGCACCAAUGCUGUAGAUAAUAGUGAUCAACACCAAUCCAUCAUUCCUAAGCCAAAAUUCUUAGAGCAACUAGAGUCUUUCUUGAAGAAGGAGUUAAGGAAUCUUGACUGUUCACAGACAGGGCCAAGUGAGCUCCGGCUACAGGCUUUCAGGGAGGUGUUUGAGUACCUGAUUCAAGAUUUUAAAACAUAUCGUCCACUUCUCUCUGCCAUCAAGAAUGAAUAUGAAAUGAUGCUGUCACAUCAACGUCAACAGAUUCGUGAACUUCAACCCCUUAAGUCUAUGUUGGUGACUGUCUCUGAGCAGUGUGAUCAGAAAGUGAUGGCUUUACGAGGUGAAGAACGCCAGGAGAUGGCAGAACUUAAGCAGGAAAACAGACAGUUACAAGACACAAUCAGUACAAUGAAACAAGAACAUGUUGCAUUACAAGAACAAAUAGAAAAGCUACAAGAAGAGGUCGCAGCUGAAUAUCGAAAGUAUCGUGAUGAAUGUGAUGCAAGGAAACUUCUGGUUUCUGACAUCAAUGAUCUGAAGUACCAACAAGAGGACAACCAGAAGAACCAGGCUGGUGCGCAAGAGGCAGUCGUUGAAUCUAAGGAAGAUCCUAUCAAACUUAAGAUAGCACUUAAGAGAGCACGUGAAGACAUGACUGCAGUUACCGUGCAACUUAAUGAGAUGAUCGCAAACUACGGCGAUGUUAUACCAAGGAGGGAUUUUGAAAGCCUUACAAAAGAGCAUGAGGUUGUAAAGAAUGAAUUAAGUCAGUUGCAAACUGAUAAUAAACAAUUGAUGACUGAGCAUGACACUCUGCUACAAGUACAUAAUCAAGUAAUCCAACAACGGGAUCAGUUCUACACCGAGCUUGAGACCCUCAAGAGGAGUGCGACACCAAGACCUGAUUGGGGAAGAUGUGGUGAGGUAAUUUCAGGUGGUGAAGAAAAAUGGCAGGAAUUAUCAAAAGACAAGACCAGUGAUGAGCGUGUGGAAGUGCUGCUCCAGAUCAUAUCUGGUGUGGCUGCAGCAGAAGACUUCUAUGAAGGAUGGGGAACUGGUGAUGAUGUACCGAAGUAUCUUCAGCACGAAGGAAUGGUUAAAAGACUGAAAUGGAACAGAAGCCAGGCUGUUGCUGUCAUCAAGGAAUUGUGGGAAGAAAAGAUGAAGGCCGAUGGAGAGUCAGAGGCAGAGACACGUCAAGUGAUGGCAGACUUUGUAACACAGUAUUUGACUCAGAAGCUAAAUAAUGAUCCAACUGCUGUUCUUGAAUAUUUUUACAAUCUCCAAGAUGCCUGUGAAACAUAUGAUGAUAACCCCUUUGACCUCUUCUAUGGCGUCCUUACUGGAGAAAUUGAUGAGGAAAGGUAUUACCAAGAAAUGGAUUUGUUUUCUAAACUUCGUGAAUCUCUACAAAAAGCUGAUGAAGAAAUGGCAACAGAAGGUUUACUUCCACGAGAUUUAUUUGAAAAGGUCUUAAAAGACAAUUUCCCAAUAAAGGAUGAUGAUGUAAUUCAGGAACUGAUGGACACUGCCCUCACAGAGCUCAAUUCCGAUGACCCUACAACAAUGAAAUACCAGGAUUUAUUCCUUGAGGACGAGGAAGGAAAGAAUGGCCCCUUCCUGGCAAUGUUACGAAGACAGGAACACGAAGAAAGGACUAUCUAUGUGGAACAGAUUAAGAAAGAACUUGGAGAGAAAGAGGAGGUGCCAUUGAAGGAAUUGAGAAUCGCAAUAGCUGUUGUAGACGCUGAAAUUGACAAAGUUUCGCUGCUUUCCUAUCUCUCCCGAGCCUUCAACCUCCACAAAGACCUACUAAAUGAUGCUGAACCGCAACCAAUUGAUGUUAUCUUAAAGCGUCUGAGCACUGGUGCAGUACGGAGAAUCGGCAAACUCAACACUUCAGACAUGAUGUAAAGCACGCAAAAUCCACAGUGUUUUUUUGCCAUUUCGAAAUGGUAAAUAAUUCCGAGAGGUGUGUUUUUUUUCACACAUUUACUAUUAUAAUUUCUUCCGUGAAUAAAGAUGAAUUCACACGUAAAAAGUCUAAAUCUACUUGUCCGUGUACAGUGAGGGAUUAAUUGACCUUUCCAGAGUGUCAAUCGACUUAACAACUGACCAAUCAGAACAGUGCCAGGAAUACGCGCUUAUCAAACAAGCAGACGCGUUGUCCCACAAACGCACAUAUUCGCGUAUAUUUUAACACUGUCGUCUUGUACAAUAUCUAAGGGGUGUGGCAUAACGGAAAGGUCCAUUAUCGAAAGAUAACUACAAUUAGAUAAGCGUGAGUUGUCAACCUUACAUAAAUUAAAUGGUUAAUUGACCAAUCACGGAGCUGCUUGGUUAGCCUGCUAUUCAUCUAGAUAAGACAAUUAAUUAUUGACAAAUAGUCAGUAAGUUUAUAUGUACCUUCAUGUGUUGGGGAUGAAAUGGAGAGUAAGGUUGAAGCUAAUUUAAGGUGCUAAUCCUAGAGAAUAAAAUAUCUGCUUCCAUGAGGGCAGGAUAGAAAUUCUAGAAACCGUGUAGCACGUCUCUUCCAAAAAACUUACAGGCCUUCAGAAAGUUAAGCUGAAGUUAUUGAACUUAGUAAAACAGGAAAAAUAAUAACAAUUGGUGCAGUGCUUAGUACUUAUAAAUAAGUAAUUAAUAAAAUUGAAUUUAAUUGAAUAAUAGGUAAAACAAAUAAUUAUUGAAAACGUAUUUGUCAAUAAGUUUAUAUGCACAGAGCACCUCAUGGGGGAUGGAAGUGAUAGGUGGGG